UUUCUAACAUAUUGCAUAGUUCGUCUUGAAUUACCGUGGCGUACGUUGGAGUGGAAUUUUGGAAAAUCGGUUUUUGAAUGCAUGAAAAUAUGUUGCGAAAAUUCACGAGCUGUAUAGUGGCGGUCACCCUAUUUGUGUUAUGUGGAUUCACAACAAAUGUGCGAGCUGGAGCUUGCAUUGUUCCGCAACCCUUAAAGGGACAAGAAAUGCAUGUACUACGAGUGGAUGAGGACGCUUUACCUUCCGUUAUAGUGCUACCCCGACCGCGCCUGGACGGACGCAUCGUCGGUGGCUACAAGGUGAACAUUACCGAUGCGCCGCAUCAGAUUUCGCUGCAAACGAGUGGAGGACAUAUUUGUGGAGGCUCAAUUAUAGCGAAUCGCUGGGUGCUUACUGCCGCUCACUGCACUGCCGGCAAAACUGCCGAGAAAUUAAAAGUGCGCAUUGGUUCCUCACAGGAAUCUACCGGUGGACAAUUGUUACGCGUCAAGGAGAUCGUACAACAUGAGAAGUUCAAUUACUCAAAUGUCGACUAUGAUUUCUCGCUACUACACCUCGAUAAGGAAAUACAAUAUUCGGAUAACAAGAAAGCGAUUAAAUUGCCCGAGGAAGAGGAUCAAUUUAUGGACGGCGAUAUUUGUUACGUCACCGGUUGGGGUAAUACACAAAAUGCCAGCGAAUCACGUCAGUGGUUGCGUCAAGCCGAAGUGCCACUCUUCAAUCAUGAACUCUGCUCGGAGAAAUAUAAACAAUUCGGUGGUGUCACAGAGCGUAUGGUUUGUGCUGGUUAUAUGGAGGGUGGCAAGGAUGCCUGUCAGGGGGACUCAGGCGGUCCGCUGGUCAGUAAGGAUGGUGUGUUAGUGGGUGUUGUGUCUUGGGGUUAUGGUUGUGCCAAACCUGAAUAUCCUGGCGUGUACUCGCGUGUGCAAUAUGCACGCGAUUGGGUGCGGAAGCAUAGUGGAGUGUAGUGGGAUUCCUUUAUUUAACGAGUGUGUCGAAUGUUUAAAAUAAAUAAAUUUGUAAAUGAAAAUGUUGAAAUA